ACAUUCAAACUUGAACAAUCACAACAGUAACAAUGGUCGCUAAGUUCGUCAUCGUCCUCGCUCUGGCCGUAGCUGCCUCAGCCGUACCUUUGGUCCCCGUUGCCAAAAUUGCCUACGCCGAACAGGAAGCACCCGCACACUACGAAUUCCAGUACUCCGUGCACGAUGAGCACAGUGGUGACGUGAAACAGCAGCAAGAGUCCCGCGCCGGAGACGCCGUGCACGGCUCUUACUCUCUGGUGCAGCCCGAUGGUGUGCACCGCAUCGUAGAGUACACCGCUGACAAGGAGCACGGAUUCAACGCCAACGUGCGUUAUGAAGGACAACCCAUUGCCGCUCCUGCUCCAGCCAAGAUCGCGUACGCCGCUCCCGUCGCCAAGGUUGCCUACUCUGCUCCCGUUGCUUACCAUGCUGCUCCCGUUGCCUACCAUGCUGCUCCCGUAGCUAAGGUAGCUUACUCUGCCCCUGUAGCCUAUCACGCUGCUCCCGUAGCCAAGGUAGCCUACUCUUCUCCCCUUUCCUACGCCGCUCCAGUCGCUAAGGUUGCCUACGCCGCACCUCUUACCCAAGUCAGUUUCUCCUCCCCCGUCAUCUCCUACCACCAUUAAAAUAAACCGAUCCUCGUUAAUGAUAAAUUAUUUAUUGAUGUGAUAUGAAUAGUUACAAAUAAAUUGUUUGUUUAAGAUUUA